AUGCCAGUGGGACACACCAUUGACCAAAGUCUUGGUGGUGACUGCUGCAAGCACAUCUGUGAAGGAGAUAUCUCAGCCUCAAAGCUCACACACCCUCAUGAAAAGCCCUCAUGCGAGAAGUGUGAAACAGAAACCUCUUCGAUAUUACCUACAAAAAACAACAUGGAUGAUGUAUUGUCUUUUGAAUGUAACAUGUGCCCAAAGAAAUACCCAAGAAAAAUUAGUCUAAUUGCACACAUGCGGCACCACACAAAGAACAAUCCAUAUAAAUGCACCAUCUGCCUGGAGGACUUUACAUGUAGAGUCAGUUUAGUUAGACACAUGCAGAUUCACACCAGAGAAGGACCGCAUGAAUGCAUUAAGUGCAAGAGGCACUUUUCACUGAAAUCAAAUGUAGUUCAGCAUAUGAAGACCUGUCCCGGUCUUCAUUAUUGCCCCGUCUGUAAGAAAAAAUUCACUAAGAGGGCAGAAGUAGUUAGGCACGUGGCCUCACACACAACAGAAAAUCUCCAUUGCUGUACUGUUUGCCAGAAGAACUUCUAUGAGAAAAGGCAACUAAUGUCACACAUGCUGAUUGCUCACCCGAAAUCAGAGCAUUGCUCCGUCUGUAAAGUCAGCAUCAAAGAUGGAGAAACUUUAGAGGGGCACAUGCAUGUGCAUUUUGGGAAGAAGUCUUAUGAAUGCUUCGUUUGUCCGCAGAGUUUCAAAAGGAAAUAUAGUUUAGCAAUGCACAUGCUGUUCCAUUCUAAAGAAACACGGCAUAAAUGCUGCAUUUGCCAGAAGGGCUUCAUGGAGAGAAGACAUUUACUUCGGCACUUACAGACUCGUGUACACAUGCAGCAUAUUGUAGACACCCCACUGCAUUGCUACAUUUGCAAGAAGACUUGCAGAACUAAGGGGCAUUUACGUCAGCACGUGAGUACUCAUGCAAGGAAAAUCCACCACAAAUCUGUUACAGAUGGGGUUGAAGAAGUUCGGCCAACAACAUUGAGCAACAAUGAAGAUAUUCUUCAGGGUGUAGUCUGCCAAAACAACUUCUCUAAGAGCAAGGAAUUAAUUUCCCACAUGCAGGAUCACAUUCAGCCCCAUCAUUGCUCCAUAUGUGAUAUGAAAAUCGAAGACGAAGCAACGUUUACAUGGCACAUGCGUACACAUUGUGGGGCAGAGUUGUACAAAUGCCCGAUUUGUCAGAGCAGCUUUGCAGCAAAGGAGAGAUCCAUGUUGGGGUCAGGAAGAGCGAAUGUGCCGUCUGCCAAAGGACCUUUUCAUGUUUUUCCGGGUGGUGUUCACAUCUGCAAACUCACAUUAGAGAAAGACAUUACGAAUGUUCCGUCUGUCAGAAAGGCUUUGCUGACAGGAGGACAUUAUUUGAGCAUGUGUGGAAACAUUUCGAAGAAAAAAAAACAGAACGGAAAUAACAAUGAAACAAUGUGUCAUAUUUCUGGAAUCAUUGGAAUUGAAUGUAUGGAAUUGAAUGAAAUUAAUGGAAUUUCAGUUAAUACGAAUAUUUGUCUCCUCAAACCGAAUGCUAGUGCUAUUAAUGAGAAAUCGUGGGAAUAUGGUGCAGUGAUAAUAUGUUUUCGUCUUGUCCAUUUGCUUGAGCACCGCCGAGACAGUGAAGAUGAAGACAAUGUGUUACCAAACAAUAACAAUGGGCCAGAUGUUCUUCCUGGAGACGAAGCAAUGUCAGUGGAUGAUAUUUAUUUAGAAGAAUUUCCAAAUUUGGAAUAA